GGUUGAAAAGUGUUCAACAGACGGUGCACGAUUGAAUCAAAGGAAAGAAAAUGAAAUGAGAGAAAAAAUAGAAAAUCUCUUUCAUAGACUCCAUCUUGGUAAUGGGCACGACUGUAAAUUGAGAGCUGCAGAUGUUCUUCAACUAACUGCACAUUCUCUACAGUCACAUGAGUCUUGUACUGAGGAGGAGCUUGUUGAGACUUUCAUACAAAAACUACUGAUGAUGAACUACAGAGCAAGAAAUAUUAAAAUGAAAGAGACCAAUGAGCAGAAUGAGACACAACAAAAAGACAAUGACUUGACUGAAGAUAUGGGUAGUGGGGAUAUUUUUGAUCAAAUGUUAGAGUCUACAGAAAGUGUAAGCAACAUAUCUGCUGUUCACCCAAUGGAUGUUCAGAUGGCUGUGUUUCAUUGUGCUGAUAGUUUCCUAAAGCAGCUGAUGGUCACUAAACUGUCACAGUGUCAGUAUGCUCUUCCUCUGCUUGUGCCUGAUCCAUUCACAAAACAGAUACAGUUUCCUCUCUGGACAUUUAGACAAAUCAACAAGACCCUGAAGAUGAAAAAUACAAACAAUGAGAUCAUCAGGAAGAGCCAGCCAAUAUACAAGGCAGAAACUCCAAUGGUGUCUUUCUUCAGGUUUGACACUUUGUCGUCAUCCAAGUCUCAGCUAAUAAACAGUCUGAUCAAAGAAAAACACAACAUGUUCUUCCAUAGGAAUUGUCCAGGAAGCAGCAAAACCAGACUUCUGAUGGAUGGAGUGGUGGAGAUCGCCUGGUACUGCCCUUCUGGGAAAGACACAGAUACAUUUUCAGAUUGUCUUGCGUUUUGUAACCUCCAUGGUGAUGCAGAAGACAAUGCAAAACAGCUGGAUGUCCUGACUGAAAUGGCUUCAGUGAAUGUUGUUCUUUCACCAAAGCUUGACAGGAAUGGCAAAGGUGCAACAAAGAUUAAAAGCCUUGACCGGAAACCACUCAUUUGCCUAUUUGCUGAGGAUGAAUCUACUGUAAGAAAAACAAAAAGAGGGAUUUACAUGAUUGGGUUAAAAAACAGAAAUCAGGCAGACAUCUCAGAAGAACUCAUACAAGCUAUAAAGGAUUGUCUGUCAAAAUCAACUUCUGUUUUCAAACUCGAAGAUGUGUCCAAACUAAUAGAUAGAGUAGACGAGGAUGAAAAUCAAAACUGCAGGAAAGGAAAAUCAGCAGCGGAGAAGCUCAUGAGAUUACAAGAGGGUAAAAAUUUGACAGAAAUCAAAGAAUCACUACUGCCCUACAGGGGAACAAUGUGGCAUAAUUGGUGUCAGAGGAUAAAAGAAUUACAUCAAGGAAAUGUGAUAGACACGGACAUAAGCAGAAAACAAGCUGACUUGCAGAGAAUACGUGAAAAGCAGCAUGCAUGUAAUGUACAUGAGUUUGUAAAGUUGUUUAUUAGAGAACUGACUUCAAAACCUACAGAUGAAAAGGUAUUUUUUCUUAAAUGGCUCCCAAUUCUCCUUGAUGAAUAUACCUCAGGUGAACUUUCAAAUCUACGUUACAAGUAUGAUAAAAAGUGGUCAGAAGUCUUAAAACGGAAAGAUAUCAAAAACAAAGCUGGGCAACUGACAUCAACAACAGUGAAUAAUGAAGAAACCGAACUUGAUAGGAUAGCAAAAGAACUACAAGCUGCAACUUUUGGUUUGGAGCACAUCCUGAGAGAAAUUGGUCAGAUCUAUGAAUCAUGUUCAGCAGUGAAAAAAGAAAAACAAGGUAUGGGGUGUGGCUUCUCUACUCUACCGAGUCUCGCAGCAGAGAUGAUGGUCUCUGGAUUUCCACUGGAGCUGAUGGAUGGAGAUGCUGCUCAUGUUCCUCUCACUUGGGUUACUGCUGUUCUAGAUGAACUCAUCAAUAAACUGGGAGACCAGAGAGUCUUUGUGCUGUCAGUUUUAGGGGUUCAAAGUUCUGGGAAAUCCACCAUGCUGAAUGCCAUGUUUGGUUUGCAGUUUGCUGUCAGCGCUGGCCGGUGCACUCGAGGAGCAUUCAUGCAGCUGGUCAAAGUGUCAGAUGAGAUGAAAAAAAAGCUUACAUUUGAUUAUAUUCUGGUCGUUGAUACUGAGGGACUUCGUGCUCCAGAACUGUCUGGAAUGUCUACAAGACAUCAUGAUAAUGUAAUGGCCACAUUUGUUGUUGGUCUUGGAAAUUUGACCUUGAUUAAUAUCUUAGGAGAAAACCCAUCUGAGAUGCAGGAUAUUCUUCAGAUUGUUGUUCAGGCCUUUCUGAGGAUGAAGAAGGUCAAACUGAAUCCUAGCUGCAUGUUUGUGCAUCAGAACGUUUCAGAUGAUACAGCUGGAGAGAAAAACAUGGAAGGAAGAAGACGAUUACAAGAGACACUGGAUAAGAUGACAAAACUAGCUGCUAAAGAGGAAGUCUGUGAUGUUGAAUACUUCAGUGAUGUCAUCACUUUUGACAUAGAGAAGGAUGUGAAAUAUUUUGCACAGCUCUGGGAGGGCAGUCCACCCAUGGCACCACCAAACCCUGCAUACUGUGAAAACAUCAAGGAACUCAAGAAAAAUGUUCUUUGUAAUCUUUCAAAAUCAGAUGGAAUAAUGCUGUCACACAUUAAAGAGCGUAUUAAAGAUCUUUGGGAGGCUUUGCUGAAUGAACGGUUUGUUUUCAGCUUCAGAAACUCUUUGGAAAUUGCUGCAUAUAGAAAACUAGAGACAAAAUACAGCAAGUGGUCAUGGAGUCUUCGCAGUGCCAUGCUGGAAAUAGAAAGCAAACUGCAAAACAGAAUAGAAAAUGAAGCAAUUCAUGAGAUUGUAGAAGCUGAUCUUCGAGAACAACUAAUAGAGAAAAGUGAAGAAGUAAAACAAUCAAUGUCAGAAUUCUUUGAGAAAGACAAAGAUAGAGAUAUCCUAAUACAGUGGCAUGCAUCAUUUGAAAUAAAAAUCAAUGAGCUUGAAGAAAGCAUUGUGAAAGGAACAAAGAGGAAGUUGAAUGAGAUUCUUCAGCAGCGAGAAUUGAAGAAAAAUAUUGAUGAUCAUAAGAUACAUCAUGAAAACACUCUCUUUGAAAAGAGCAAAGAGCUUGCGAUUAAACUCAAAGACAAAGCAAAAGAUGAGACAAUACUAAAACAAGAGUUUGAUUCUUUUUGGAAAAAGUGUCUCAAAAAGAUUACCUCAAACACCCCUUCAAUCAAAGACAUUGACAUAAAAAGAGAUAUGAAACAAAUCCACACUGACAUCUAUAAAAGUACCCCUGUACAAUCCUGGAAGGAGGGAAGCGAUAUUUUUGUUGUGCAGGGUUAUUCAAAAUAUGUACAGUUAAAGAAAUCCAGUGGGUUUACAGGGCAUUUUGUGAAUGUCGUCAAUUCAACUAAAGAGAGGUUUGGAUACAGACUAUCUAAAGAAAAUGAAACCCAAAUAAGAAACUUUGUCAAUGACAUUGCUGAUCAAACAGAAAAACGGAUUCGGUCAUAUAACAUUCCCAAAAUGGGCUACAACAAAAGUUACAUUCAGGAACUUGCAGAUUACAUCAGGGCAAGAAUAAUAGAUGAAGAAGAUCGUGUGAAAUAUGUGUUCACUAAAGAAUUUUACAUAGAUUUACUACAGUCCAUUUUUAAGAGACAAAACAAGACAUUCAUUGAGCAGCACAAAAUGUUUAGGCAAUCAAAUGAUCCGGUUUUCUAUUUUGAAAGGAAGAGAGAAGAGUACUACAGUAUUUUCCAAAAAUACUGUCAAGGUGCGACAUCAGCUGCCAUUUUUGGGGAGAUCAUCUGUCAAAAACUUAAGGACCCCAUGGAGAAGAGUGUCUACAAAAACACUGCCAGAGAUUUGGCUAAUGAAAUGAAAACAAACUGUGAGUCACUGAAUGGAAACAGAUCUAAAUUGGAAAAACACAUCCUGAAAACCCUGGCAGAGGAGGAGAAUUUUAACAAAUACAUUGAGUACAUUUAUAGUCCCAAAGAACACUUUAAGAGUUUUAUUAGAGAAGAAGUCAAUAAGUACAUCGAUGCUAAGUUCAGUAGCAGUGUUAUACCCAAGAUAUCCGGAAACAUUGUAUUUCUGCAGAAGAACGUUGAGAAAGCAGCUCAUAAAGCAACUGAAAUCGCUGGAGAUAUACAUGAGUGGUUAAAGCAUUUCACAGAGCCGCUCUCAGAUGUGCUUAUAUUCUCUGUGAAGGACCUCACUGGAGUGAGUCUUGAAGGUAUUGAUGAUUUCAACAUCCUUGAAGAUGUGAUACAAAAAGAACUUCCUUCAGUAAUAUCUGACAUAAUCUCCAGUUGCAGUACAGAAACAUUCCCAGCAAAACUGGAAAAUAAGGACAGACCAUGUGAGAUUUUGAUUGAUCACCUCUGUCAGUGCUGUUGGGUUCAGUGCCCUUUCUGCGCAGCCAUCUGCACCAACUCCAUAGAAAACCAUGAUGAAGAUCACAGCGUUCCUUUUCAUCGGGUGGAUGGACUUUGUGGGUGCUGUUAUGAUUUCACAGAAGGUCUAAGUGCCGACUUUUGCACAACUUUAGUGACAACCAAAAAAACGUUUUUUACUGGUCAGUGGAUUCCAUGCAAAGAAUACAGAAGAGCGGGAGGAGUUUAUGCAGAGUGGAGCAUCACCCCCGACUUGUCUGAGCUGCCAUACUGGAAGUGGUUUGUGUGCCAUUUUCAGGAACAGCUAGAAAGUUACUAUGAAAGAAAGUUUCACAGUUGGGAGAUUUCAUUUGAAUGGAAACGCCACACAAAAAAGGAUGCCAUUGAUAGUUUGGAUAGAUACAUCUAAUGAAACAGAUUUGUGUCAUACAGUGGCGGCGUUUCACAAAAACCUACACUCUAAAAACCAACGGUGUUAUAGACGGUUUAGCAGUAAAAACAUAAACUAGUGGCUGUCAUGGUCCGCACAUAACUUCCGGUAAACUCUGCUAAGAAUAAAUUACAACAAAGUUCUUUAAAUGUAGAUUAUUUAUA